AACAGGAGCCACACGAUGAGUUGUGGAUGAGAGGAGGCAGUUAGAAAGAGAGAGAGAAGGCAACACAGCUACACAUGCAUGCAUGUACACACACAUUGGAGCUUGGAGUGACCAUGCAGCGUACAAGGACUUCAAGAUGAUGACAGAUGAACAUUGACUCAUGGAAGAAAUGAGGAGAUCAGAGAGAAGAGAUUAAUCUUGUGCUUUCUGCUUAAGUCGCUGGAGGCCCAUUGAUCCAGACUAGAGCACAAUGUCAUUGUGUCACAGACUGCACAGAUAAGGAGCAGCCCACUGAACCAGCCACGCUGGCACCAUGGCAGGAGAGACUAAACGGACAUAUGCCGGCAAAGAACUGGAUACAGAGUCCAACCAGCAAGAAAAUGGGCCAGCAAGAGAGCAGUUCAAUGAGAAAGCAUUGAAAGGGUCCCCUGAGCACUUUCAGAAUGUGAGUCUGGAGCCACAGACUGUUAACAAUGGUGCUAAGUUUGUAGAAAAGGAGAGAGAAAACACUCAGCAGCGUGAGGCUGUUAUCCGGCCACAACAAGCGGGAAAAAUUGAUUUCAAGUCACUGCAGAAUCAUUCCAAGUUCACUAGUGACAGAACAUGGCCUAGCGGGAAGGGCAGCCCUCAGUCCCCCAAUGGGAAGAGUCGUAAUCGGGAUAAGGCGAAAAAGUCUGGAAAAGGAGAGCGUGGUAACCCACAGCAGCUGUACAGACUGAGUAUUACAAAUCCACGCUCCAAUCCUACAAUUGGAAUAGCCUAUCCACAGCAGAAGGUUUCACCUCCCAAAAAGCUGGAGGCCAGCCGAGGCCCUGUCUCAGGCAGCUACAGGUUUCAUGUGCCAAGUAUCCCAGAGCGAGAGGCUGAACUGCAACAGGAGGAGCUCACCUACAACCGCUGCUUCCAGGAGGGUUCCUCCAACCUCACCUCCCCAAGCUAUACCUCACAACCAGUGGGCUCUGCAGCUGGGGGCCCUGCUCACCAGCACCCACCGCCCACUGCACCGCAGCAUCAGCCUGGUCAAUUGGAGACCAGUAACACGCAACCUGUCAGCCAAAUCCUAUUCUCUGACUUUCAGUUGAGUGGAGCUGACAUGUGGCAGUCUCCUGACAGGACUUUCAGUAACGGUAGUUUUGGGGUCCCAUCACAAAAACCUAACAACGUUAUGGAGGUGAACAAACCAAAUGGGUUUGUUCCUUUGUCAUUUCAGUAUGGGUAUCCAUUGUUAGAUGACGCAGCCUCAGAACCGUUUCCCUGUGAUCAGAACCCACAGUCCCAGGACUUUAUCGAAGCAUCUCUGGGUUCAAACCAAGUGCCCCAAAACGCUUUUUCUUUUCAGUCUUCUGGGGAGGAGCAUGAUGUUGUUCAAAGCAACACACAAUUUAAUAACGAACAGUCAGAAGACAGGCCACCAUACUCUUUACACUCCAAACCACCCCAGUAUGUGCAAACUCCUCAUAGUAUGCCAUCAUCUGUACAUUGCACAAGGACCAUAGGAGAGGAUGUCAGCAGUGGUGAGAGCUCAGUAUCAAACAGUCACCAAACAGAGCAGAAUAAGAGUGGUUUAUCUGAUAAGUCAGACAUUUAUUGUCCAGUUGACACUAGGGAUGCAGGUGUUACUACAGGGGGCAAAAGAGGCUGCCACUCAAAAAACAGUAGUCAGAGAGUUCUUAUUCAAGGCAAUGUCCAUCAUGUCAGAAAUAUUGCACAGGGUCAAAGUUCACAGAUGCACUUUUCAAACAAAGCUUACAGCAGCCCUCCAUCCAAUACCAUCCACAUGGGCACAGCACCUCAUGACAAAAAUAAUAACAAAAGCCACAGUAGGGUAGCACAGCCAUGGGAUGGGCCCAACAAGACCUUCCCAUCACCCAUGGACCAGAAUUCCACCCCAUACCCAGUUCAGUGCCAAACUCCCCUUGAGCAAAGACAAACCACAGGAAUUAACAGCCGCAUGCCAUGGCAGCAGAUACACCUCACUUCAGCCAUGCCGAACCAAAACAGGAUUGAGCUUUCCAGGCAACUUAGUAAUCAGCAGCUGACUUUUCUGUUAGCUCCCUCUGACUGGCAAGAAGAUAGUAAGUCUCAAAAAAGUAACAGUCAGAAAAGCUCCAACAAUUUUCCCAGCAAAAGGCCCAGUGAGCCUUUCUCAAACCUAAGGCCGGACAGUGUCAAACAGGGCUGUAGUACAAUAGCACCAUGUCAGUUUACAAAUAAAAUGGAAUCAAGCCAAGGCCAGGUUACUGAUGCCAAAAAUAAGUCAUUAUAUUUUGGCAUAAACCAACCAGUUCAUGGGUCAGCAUCAAGGAACCCCAGCUACCCCCCAUUACAGGUCCCAACCAUGGGACUGAUGAUGGUGUCUCCAUAUGAUUCACCUUCACAUUCACCCAUUCAGAAUCCAGCAUCUAGCAGCACAUGUUCUUCCCUUUCACCAGAAUCUACUAGUCCCGUCAACAGUGGCUCUGAUGACAGCCAAAACUCAAAGGUCCCUCCGCCUCAGUUUUAUCACCAGCACCAGAGUAAGGCAUCCUCUGACAGCUUGAACUCUAAUCAGCAUCACUUCCAUUCUGAGGUCUCCCGCACUCUGCACUACAACCAAGAAAGAGCCAAAGAGAAUAUUUUGAGCUUUUCAUCAAAUAUCAGACAUCCAAAGCCUAACAUGGAAAGUGGGAAAGUUUGUAUGGACAGUUAUGGUAUGGAGCACCAUCCCCCUCCUCCAUAUUCAGCUCACCAACUACUAGCCAGUUCAUUAGCCACAGCAAAUCUUGACCAACUGGACGUGCUUCUCACAUGCAAACAGUGUGAUCAAAAUUUUAAUAACCUGACUUCAUUUCUUGAUCAUAAACAAUACUGUGGACAGCAUACAUUUGCACAAAAUGACUUCAAAGAUGUUCGCAAAGUGGAAGACACAAGAAAAUUUCAUACAGACCAUGCAAAAGCAAUUACAUCUGGUACCAGUUUUGCCAUGUCAAGAAGUUCAUCUGAUUUGCAUCUGUCCCUGCUAGGACUUAACAAGAAUGGAGAGAUAAUGUCAGACAGUGAACCCAAGGUAGAUGCGAAAGAAGAUCCUAUGAAACUCAUGCUACCAUCUGCACCACUCCCUGAUUUGGAGAUGGAAGAUGCCAAGUUAGACAGCCUCAUCACAGAAGCCUUGAAUGGUCUGGGUUAUCAGUCAGACAAUGCAGAGAUUGAUAGUAGCUUCAUUGAUGCAUUUGUUGAUGAUGAGAUCACCACUACAAAAUGUUCUUCUAAUAGACAGACUCUAAAAACCAAAGACUCCAUAGUGUUUGAAAGCAGAAGUAAGCAUGAAUUUACAUCCAGUGAGAAAUCAUUAACACAGGGGAAGUAUUCAUUUGACUCAGACUUAGACUGCCUCACUUCCGACAGCAAACAUGCUGACGUUAUCCACAAAGAAAAUAAUCUGGAUUCAGAGGCACAUGAGAAAAGCACCAAAGAGGAAACCUCUCUUAUGAAGAGAGAAUGCACCUCAGAUGAGUCUGUCACACAUUCAGAAUGGGUUAAAGAAACACGCAAGUCAGACAAGAUAGCAGAAGAAAGUGAGCAUGGUCCCAGAUUUCUCCUAUCCAGAAAAUUUUCAGAAAGAUGUGGACUCAAAAGUUUGCAAGGCAGCACCCCAAUAGUUAAAACAACUAUUCCUCAAUCUCCUUCAGCCACUAGGAGUCCAACAUCUCAGAGGCCAGCGAUGAGAGAUGGGAAAAGGAAAAGGGCCAGUGGAGGGAGUUGGAGUAAGGAGCUCAUUCACAAAAUAGUCCAGCAGAAAAACAAGCUGCACAAGCUCCAUGUGAAAGGCACUAAGAACAUGCAGUUUUCACUGGUGAUGGAGAGGGUGACACCCACAGUACAGAACCCUACAUUCAGGGAGUAUGAUUAUGUGUCUGAUUCAGACGAGGACUGUGAGCCAGUGAAAAUAGCCAGCCAGGGAUGUCUUAGCCAGAGCAUCCGUUGCAAAUACACAUACACAAAAGAAUGUAAGGGGAGGAUAAGAGCGGAUAGGAACAGGGAAAGUCAAUGGAAGCAGGACAAGAUAGAGAGCUUUGAAUCCAAGAAAUCUGAGGCUGUCUCUCCAUCUUCAAUAAAAGAAACCUCUGGUCACCAGAGAGUGCGAAGACGAAGCAGCAGAUCCUCCACCAGUAGUGAAAUCAGCACAUCUGUGAGCAUCUCCAGUGAGAGCAUCGGCAGCCCUAAAAGCAUUGAUCGCACAGAUUCAGACUGUGAGAAAAGAAUGGAGAUAAGAAAAAAAGACCAGGACUCCUGUGAGCAGGAGAUAUCUCCACAAAGGAUACUAAAAGAGUCCAGCACAUCAUUAGCUUUGACCUUCACCAAAAACACAAAACAUUACAGCACUGACAAGAUUCUACUCUCAGAACUCAAAGACAGCUACACUACUUCAAAGUGUUCAAAUGUCAUCAGCACAUCAGAAGAGACUGCAUCAGAACAUACCCUGACUAAAAGUACUGUUAGCCUUUCCAGGUUCAAAACCACCAGAGUAGAGGUAGAGGAACAAAUGGACCACUACGGCUGUGAAAUAGGCGUUACUGCAGGCACAGAAGAGCCCACACCACUCAGAAAGGAAUAUAAAGAUUACAUAAAAGCUAGCACGCACCUCAGAAGACCUGGUGUAACACUGAACCCAUUGAAGACCAAAAACGACAAGGAGACAAACCAACUCUGUAAAAUCAAAAGAGAUAACAAUGAGUUUUCAAAAGAAAAAUCACCCAAGAAGAGAGAGAGCCAGAAGACUCAUCAAGAUUCAGACUCUUCAUCAGCUACCCUUGACAGCACCAGUAAUAUUUCCUCAGUCAAAGAAACAAAGACUGGUUCAAGUGCCUUAUUCUCUGAACCACCAUCACUUUGCAGUUCACUCAUGGACGAUGUUUGUGGAUCUCCUGCUAAACUUCAUGAUGCAUCCCCACAGAAGGACAGAAACUGUCUUAUGCCUUAUUCUUUAGAACAUGAGCAGAGUCUUAUGAAGUCACCCCUUUCAUUUGACACAUCAUCAAUGUUUGGUGACCUCACAGUAGGUGGAUUUGACAACAACCUUUAUCCAGAUAUUCAGCUAACCAAAGAGGGUUUUGGACCUAUAGAGACCACAGCAGACAAGAAAGAGCUCUUUGAGUCAUCCUUUUCUCCACUGUUAGAGCAGAGAGACUGGAGCCUGAUAGAAGAUGUGACUCCUGAGCUACCAGAUGAGAUUUCACAGUACAAAGAGGAUUCAGAUAUAACAAAUGAUAAAAAGACCAGUUUUAACCAAAUCCCUUUCGCACUGCCAGAGAAAAUAAUGGACUACCAUCCAAAUCUCAACAGCUGUGUCUCUGAAGAUGAGCUUGAGAUAAAGAGAAUUGUGACAGAGCUUGAGAGCCAGCUCCAGACAGCUAAGCCCUCUCCACUUGACAAUGAGACACCAAAACAUCUAACCAUGAGUAAAUUUUCACCAUUGAGGCUAGGUCAUGAAAGUGAAAGUGAACAGAGUAGCUUGGAUGUGGUUUGCUCAUCAGAAAGCUUAGCCCUUGCUGCACCACCAGACUCUCAUCCAGAGCUUUUCUCUGAACCUGACCUGCCGUGGUCCAGUCCAGUCCAGUUUGGGUUAAUGGGUGGACAGCAGUGUCUUCACACACCAACGCACUCCACUGUGGCAGAUACUCCAAUUAAUUUAGACCAAGAGAAAUUAGAUUCAAGGGAUGGCACAGACCUAAAAGAUGUAUCCACAGAGAAACAACCAGCACUAAACAAUGAAGAGAAAACUGAGAGCGAAGAUUCUCAGGGCACAACUACAGACAAAUCAGAAGAAAUGAUUGAGCAUGAAAUAUACACAGAAAACCUCAUGAAAAGCCUAGAAGUGAUGUCAGAUUCUUUGUCUUCAGGCCUGGAAUCUUCUCGUUCACCUAUUCAUGAAAAAGAUUGCAGUGCUGCUAAAGAGCAAGAAAUAGAUGAUGAGAAGAUAGAACCCUCAAAUGAGACUGCAAGAGUGGAUGCUAGAAACUGCUCAUUAGAUCUCAACAAAAAACUCAUGGAACAUCCUCACAAUCUUAUAAUGCAUGACAUUUGUGAGUCAAAGUUAGAUGACACCUUAGUCACAGAGGAAAGCAUCAGUGUUGCUGAGGACAGUGAUCUCUUUCUGCAAGUUGAAAGUACACAUUUGAAAGAGCUACAAUCUGAUAAGAGAACUUGUGAAAGUGCUUCAGCCAAAGAUUGUGAAGAGUCAUCAAACACAAUCAACCUAUCAAAAUCACCAGUUAUAUUUGAACACAAGAGCUGUGAACAAUCUGUCAGCCAUGUAGCGACAGGGGGAGUUAGUCCUGAAUCACAAGUUAGCGAAGACCUCAAUUCAAAGAGUCUUCCCAACAAUCCAAAUGUUCCUCAAACACUCUCAGAUGAACUGAAAGAGGACAGCACUGUGUGUCUUAAUCAAGACAGCAGCCAAGAAGAAAAGAUUUUCCUAGAAUGUAAUGCUACAGAAGAUGAUAAGGAAAUGCUUGACUCUGCCUCACCAAAGCAUAACAUUCAAGACUGUGAGAAUGAAACUGACAAAAUAGAGGCAGCAAAAACCAACCUAGACCUAGAGAAUUGUCAAGUACUUGACGGUAUUGAAUCUCCCUACAGUAGGGAUGUUCACUUACAUGAGACCCAGGAAAGUGACAGAGACAAAGUGAUUCCUCAUGAGCAACCACAAAUGGAGACCAAUGAUCAAUGCUGUGAACCCACUUCAUAUGUGACUUCUUCUCCUAAACAUCCAUCUUGUGGAGAGCAUGUACAGCGUAUGGAUGAGGACUCUAAAGCAGAACUUUUGCCACCAAUAAGUCCAUCACCACUGGCUCCUCUACACAUUUCCUCAAAGAGUGCUACUGUGCAUGUACACAAGAGUCCAUUAACAGUUUGUUGGACUGAUAUUGGCAUGAUUACUCCUGUUUUAAUGGAAGACAGAACAAGCCUCAAAAGAGAAAGUGCUGAAAACGUAGAUGUUGGCAGGCCAUUGGAUUAUUGUGAGUCAUCAGCCACAACAACAGAGAUUAAUAACUCUUUUGCUCCCAAUCUGGAUUUUGCAGGAACCACAGAAAGCAAAAUCUCUAGCUCAGGAACAAUUUUGGCUGUGGACAGCAUCUCCAAACAAGCUUUCAGUGAAGCAAGUGAGAAGUCUGAAGUAUUGGAAGUUACCCAAAAUAAAGACACACUGUAUGAGUUUAAACUAAGCCCACUGAAUUACAGUGAAAGACAUUUUAGUGACUGUAGUUCUAAAACUAUAAAUAACGAAACAGACGUUCAACCCAACAUAAAGACAAGCCCAAAAGACAGCCUUGACUUUAGCAGUUGUGGACUGACUCUCAAUACACAGUUGUCUUCAAAUUGCCGUCUCAGUCCAAUACAUGUUCAAAAUGAGCUUGAAUUAACAACUCAAGAUCAUUUGGUCAAACUCAACAUACCACAUUUUCAUGACACAACUAGCCAAAAUGAAAAGUACUCUUAUAUUUCACCUACUCACCAUCUCCAAGGAGAUAAUACAGAACAGCUCUCAAAAAUUCCCCAAGGUGAUUUGAACACUUGUCCUGUACCCCUUGAAACUAUUGAUUACAUGGACUUGCACAUUAACCUGCUGAAGAAGGCAGAUGCUGAAAAUGCAGACAGUCAAAUAAACCCUUUUAAGACUGACACCCUGCCUCAGAUGCCCAGUAUGCCCAGUAUUCAGGAAACAGUCAAUUCUAAAGAACAACUACCAACAGUCUCUGUAAGUCUCCCAAAUGUGCCUACUCCAAUGACGGGACAAUGCACUAAGCAGUCAGACAUAAAAUCCUCACCCAAAAAAGGUGGUGCACACAAUGCAGUUCAAGGCAAAUUUCAAUGUGAAAUAUGUUUCAUGUUCUUCCGCACUGUACCUGGACUUAAGAGACACAAAGCCAUGAAGCACACAGUGAAAGCUGAAGGCAUCACAGUUCAAAACCCAACCUUGAGCAACCAAGGGUUUGUGCCUGUUUACCAAGUGCCACAGUCAGUGGACAAGGAGCUGAAAAACAGCUUUGGGAUCCUUGAUCCAGUAGUCUUGCUGCACCCAGACAGAGAUGGUGUGCCUAUAAGACAUGGAGAUCAAGUACUUUUGCCUGCAGUUUUUGAAGGCACAGCAAAUGAAUCAAAUGUUUCAAAAAAUAUAAACAGUAAGGACAAGGAUGAUGAGCCUCCAGUAACUGAGAAAGCAAAGAAAAAUAGCAAAGUGAAAAAGAGCAAGAGCAUGGAUAUCAACAGUGGAGGAUUAACUCCUGAACUGAUGAAGCGAGACACUUUCUCAGAUGAGUUACUCAGUAUACUUAAAACUGACAUCCUACAGGCUAUUUCUCCAGAUUUCCCCACAAUGGCACAACCAGAGUGCCACAGGUCACCUGAAAAACAAAGCACAACUAACAGUUCCAGUUGUGAAGAGGUCAAAGGAACAGAAGAGCAUCAGGGUAUGGAAAGUGCUUGUGGUGAUGAGCAAGAGAUUGCAACCAUGUUCACCAAGCACCCUGAACUGUACAACAAUGGAGCUGAAGAAGAAGACACAACAGCAAAGGCAGAAAGUUGCACAAUGCAAGAGACAGUAGAAAACAAUGGGCAGACGAAUCCUGCCAUUUGUAAGGAAUAUGCAGAUACCAAGGGACUUCUUGAUGUGAAAGAAAUCUGUGAUCCAUGUGAAGAUCCUGUAGUUGCUAUUAAAUGUGAGUCAACCACAGAUGAAAAUGAUGCCCACUCUGAGGGUUAUAAAGAUCAUUCAUUAAGUCCUGGUGGGCUGGGUCCUGAUCUCAAAGCUCUCUUUGAUGAUGAAAGCACAUUCUCCCAAUUAUUCCCAAGGAAUGAUGACAGGAAAAGGAAAAAGUGUGCACGUGUUUAUGGGAAAAGUAACAAAAAGCUGAAACAAAUGCCCAGUUUAAUCUCAGAAUUUACUGGCCCCACCAUGUUUCUUGAUAAGAAUGAGGAGAAUAAGGACAAAACAGACAACAUGUUUGUCAGUAAUCUGAAUGAGCAUUGUGAAUAUGAAACAAUAUCACUUGAUGAUGCUAAGAUGCUUGAGAUGUGCCAUAAGAGCACACUCAAAAGUUCUGCUGAGAAUAGUGUCCCAAUAGAUGCCUUAACAGAUCAUCAAGCAGACUACGAAGACACUCCAGAGGUUAGCAUUAGGACUUUUUAUGCCAGACAGAAGGCACAUUUAGGAAAACUUGUGCAUUUAGAUGGAUCUGAAGACUCAUGUACAGAGAAAGCAGGGUCUUCAGGUACACAGGGAGAUUGUAAAGCUGAGAUUCCCACAAGGCCUACCCCUCUGGAAUUAGUCUGCAUGCAAGAUAAUGUCAUUCGCCAUCCAAGCAUUGACAUUCAGAAUCUUAACACUACAUUCCAGCUCCCUGAAAUCCAGUUCUUUGAGCCUGGAAGGGACAUUUCUUUGGUUGAGGAUAUUGCAAGCAACAAUAUUGAGAUCAAAGAGCCUGAAAAAUCUCCCAAGAAACCCAUAGAACGCAAGGGUAGGAAACGCAUUGAAACUGGGCUGAAGCCCAAGGAUAAACAAUACAAAUGCAAAGUGUGUUUCACAUGGUUUCUCACCUUGGGUGAGCUAGACUUCCACAAGCUUUCUCACAAUCCUUCACCUCCUCCCACUUGUUAUAUGUGUGUCCAGCGCAAAUUUAGCUCACGUGAACAGCUUCGAGACCAUCUAAGAGAGAAGCAUGCCAAGAAUAAAGCAGGUGUCUGGACUUGUGGCAUGUGCUUAAAGGAGAUCUCAGAUGUCUGGAUGUACAAUGAGCAUCUCCGUGAACAUGCCACACAGUUCGCUCGAAAGGGUCAGUCUCAAAGUUCUCUGCUGGACAUGCCAGGCUGCUUAAUGCAGGAGAAUGCUGUCAAAAACUUUAUCUCUUCAAUAAUGCAGCAUCGGUCUAACAAGUCUGUGAAAGGAGAGAAUGGCAAAUCAUCCAAGGAAGAGAGAAAGGCUUCUGUAGAUGUCCCUGGUGUAGAGCAAAAGUCCUCCGAUGUAUGCGAGUCUCCAACUGUAAAGACUAAACUAAGCACAGGGGGAGGGAGCAAACAUAGCACACUAACACCACUUGAAGUCCUACACAAAGCAGAGACUACAUCAAAAAAUGUUGAAAUGCAUCCCAAUUGCAAAGAUCCCUCAAGAGACUGUCAUCACUGUGGCAAGCAGUUUCCAAAACCAUUUAAGCUCCAACGCCAUCUGGUGGUUCACAGCUUGCAGAAGAUUUUCAUGUGCCACAAAUGUCCGGUGUCGUAUCAGGAAGCUAAAGAGCUACGAGAUCAUCUGAAAAAUGAGCAUGAAGAAGUGGAUGAACUUGAUUCAAAGCACACCACACUGUAUACCUGUGAGCUAUGUGCUGAUGUUAUGCAUGUAAUUAAGAAGUCUUUCAUCUGCAGUACCUGCAACUACACCUUCUCUAAGAAAGAACAGUUUGACCGUCAUAUGGAGAAACAUCUGGCUGGAGGGAACAAGAUCUUUAAGUUUAGGGGGGUUGGAAGACCUUGCAAGCCCCUCAAAUCAAAGGAUGACGAAUUUGAUAUCCCACCAAACAAGAGAAGGAAGUUGCUUAGUGAGAGUUCACAAGACAAUAGCUUGGACAGUGGCAUUGCCAGCAUUGGAUCUAUACAUUUAAACCAGUCUACUGACACACAGGGUCUGAAACCAAUUGUGGAAGACCUUCCACACAACAGCACUGACAAACAGUCCACUGAGACAAAUAAUACAAGUGUGAAAAUUGAGGAUGAGCCAGAGGAUGUUUCUGAGGCUCUGGAAGAGCUGGGGCCAUGUCAUCCCCAAAUGGAUUCUAAUGAGCACACCAUUUCCACAACAUCUAUGCCCAAGGAGGAAGAUAAUGUAGACACUCAUACACAUGAACUCCAAGGCAUAGACACCAGAGAAGUUGGUACAGACAACAGGAGCUCUCUGGCUGAGACCUGUAAUGUCAAAAUUGAGGAGGAAUGUGGAGCGAUUCAGACCACAUUACCAAUGCCAAUUUCAAAUGAGACUAGUGUUGAGGAGAUCAGCGUGAAAGAAUGCUCAGGUCUUGAAAAUGCAGAUGAGAUGAUGGAGGUUGAAGAUUCAGAUCUGUGCAACUUGCAAAAUUCUGAUCAAACAAAUAAAAGCCUGAAAAGCCAGAAGAUAGAAGGUCCCUUGCCUAAUGAGGACGACCAUCUUGAACUUCUCAAACAGCCAUCACUGUCCAAUCAGAUGGACCAGCAGAAGCAGGACCAGAUAAACGAGCAUUCGUCCCUUGACAGAAACGGAAGUGAGAAAGACACAAACGAUGUAGAACAACCCACCUGCGACCUGGUUAAGGACAAAAUUUCUUAUAAGCCAUCUGAAAACAUUAAACAAUGUCUUGACAACAGUCCCAGGUCAGGAAACCUUGGAACCAGUGACAGUGCAGGUGUAAAUCAUGCCAAGAUUCCUCUCAGCUCCAUUAUGGUUGAAGACAAGGACUCCAUAAAACAGAAAAAAAGGAAAGAUCUGAAGACGACACAAAGCUCUCAGCGGACAGCAUCCCCUGCUACGCGGGAGAAUCUUGGCAUUGACCCAAAGGUCAAAAAGAAGUUUCGACCAAACAAAUGUGAGAGUGUAUCUGGUCAAUGGAAAGCUGAUGUCUGUGGUAACUAUCCUGUGCUCACAUCAGUAAAAGAUGACGCAGUCAGUAACAAAAUAGUCACCAAGCACAAAAUAGGAACUCUGGGCCUACAACCAAAAAGAGGCCCUCUUGACAGUUUUCCACCAAAGAAAGGAGAACUCGUCCGUCAUUUGAAUGGGGAUUGCAGAGGGAAAAAGGGUGUGCCUGGGAGACCCAUCCAUUCUCCCACUUCCAAGGUGUCAGUAGCCUCCUUGAACAAUUCAUUUAAUAAAUCCCGGCCCAAGCCAGGGGUUAAGUCUGUGGAGACUCAUUCGUAUCGUACUGCAGAGUCACAGAACAACCUUCUUAGCCAGCUAUUUGGCCAAAGACUCACUGGUUUUAAGAUUCCAUUAAGGAAAGACACUUCUGAAUCCAUUAACUGAGAAUGAAAUGGAUGCUACUAAAGAGGGGGGAACAGAGUUUUCCACUAGUCAAAUGAUCAAGAUGAUUUUUAAACAAGACUGAGAUUGUAUGACCCUCCUCUGUGAAAUGGUUUCACUUCUUAAUAAGUCACUUUAUUACUUUGUAUCUUCUUGUAAAUGUUUUCACAUUAAUGUGAGGACCAGUGAUAAAGACAAGUUUAUAAAUAUGAAAUGAAAUUGCUGGUGGCCAGCAACCUUUAUACAAAUAACUUUAUUUUCUCUAUUUUGAAGUCAUGUUAUAGAGACUGUAUUUCAUGAAAAAAGAAAAGGUUUGGAAAAAAAAGGUUACUUGAAAGAUAGCUGAGAUUUUUUUUUUCAAAUUAUGCAUGACACUUUUACAUUCAACAUGUGUUCAUAAAUAGUUUUGUUUCUUUGAGCAACAGGACCAAAUGACAUUCCGAUUGUGGAUGUCUAUGUGCCUAUUUUAUACGCUUCUGAGAAUUACUCUUUCAUAUUCUUUUACCUUACUGUAUUGCAGUGACAUUCAAUGUAUUAGCUUUUGUAUAAACAUUAAUUGGUGCUAUUUUAUUUUAUUGUAAUGUGAACACAAAUGUCCUCUAACUGAAGGGAACAUGUAGCGGUUACAUUCAUAAAAUCAUUCUUGCUGGUACUCAAUAAUUUCUGAGGAAAUGAGGAAAAAUACUGUGUAAACUCCACCAUGAAAAGGGUUCAUUUGUCCAAGUGUCCAUUUGGUCUUCUCAGAAGAGGGCAUUAGGAAAGCCUUUUUUUUCCAAGACUAAAUUCAGUUCGAUUUCAUCUGUCCUAUGAACUCAGGUGCUAACAAGGACAAUUCUUGCGCAUGAACCCCUUAUUAGGAAUUCCUCCCAUGCACUGAUGUUACCACACACCAAAUCCACACUCGGUUAUCUAGAUGUCCUCCAAUUGUUUUAUUAUUACUAUUAUUUACUAGAACAAAAAAGGUGCUUUAUCUUGUUUAUAUGUAUCUUAUAUUGUAUUAUAUUGUAGGUAGAUUAUCUUUGGUGCAAUGCAUAAUGUCAAAGUUCUAUUUUAAUAAUGUGCAACAGAUGAAGAGAAUAAGGAAAGGGAAUUGCUUAGCCUAUUGUAGGCUCAUAAGUGGUUCAUAAAGUGCCUCAUAUAAAGGUUAUUAAAAAUCUUCAUUGUCUUCCU